AUCUUCUCUUAAAAUACUUUGUAAUUAUAUUUAACUAUGUUUACAGGAUUAGUGGAAAUUAUAGGAACAGUAACUUCUGUCAUUGAACAAGACAAGUCUGAAAGUGGUGGCAAUGGUUGGACUAUUACAAUAGGUGGAGCUGCCAAUAUUCUUGGUGAUUGUCAUAUUGGUGACAGUAUUGCUAUCAACGGUACUUGUUUGACAGUCACUGAAUUUGAUCAAGAUAGUUUUAAAGUGGGUGUUGCACCUGAAAGUUUACGACGUACUAAUCUAGGUCAAUUACAAGUGGGUAGUAAAGUCAAUUUGGAACGUGCCAUGGAUGCACAAAAACGAUUUGGAGGACAUAUGGUACAGGGACAUGUAGAUGCAACAGUAGAAAUCAUUGCUAUUAAACCUGAAGGCAACUCACUCUGGUUUACAUUCAAGGUGGCGGAUCAAGACAAGGAUAUCAUGCGUUAUAUUAUUCCCAAGGGCUUUAUCACAUUAGAUGGCACCUCUCUUACUGUAUGUGAUGUGGAUGACGAUCUGUUUACCUUCUCUAUCAUGAUGAUUGCUCAUACUCAAGAACACGUCAUCAUGCCUACCAAAUCUAUUGGAGACCGUGUCAAUGUGGAAGUCGAUAUGUUGGCCAAAUAUGCUCUCAAGUCCUUGGAAGGUGCUAUCAAAGAAAAUAAUGGAUUGGAAGCUUUAGUUAAACGUGUCAUCAAACAAUAGAUUCUAUCGUAUAUUAUACAUUCAAAUAAAAUGCAAAUAUAGUUUAUUGUUAUAUAUAUAAGAAUAAAAAAU